GCUAUCAGAGAGGUGUUUUCUGGGACUGCGAUAAAGGGGUGCGUUUUCCACCUUACCUUGCGGAUUUACCGGAAAAUCAACGCCGAUGGACUUUGUACCGCUUACCAACAGCAGGGGGACAAGUACCAGUUGUUCAGGAAGAUCAUGUCGCUACCAUACCUGCCUGUGGAACAGAUAGAACCAGCAUUCAGCAGGCUCAUGGAGGUCGCAAAAGGAUACAUUGCCCGUACGUGGGUCAACGGCAGUGUCUGGCGACCUCACAAUCGGUGCGUCUUAAGAGAGGUUGUUCGCACAAAUACCGACUUUGAAGGGUGGCAAAGACGUAUCAACGCCAGAUCAGGUAACCCUAACCUUGGUAUGUACAAGGUGGCCGCUCUACUCAGAGACGAAUCAGAGACUGUGGACUUACAGAUACGACUGGUGAGUCAGCACCUCCUCACUAAGAUCAAGAGGAAGACAUUUGUGGAAAUACAUGGGAGACUUCACCAAGCCCGGACGAUUAUGAAGAGGAAAAACUGUCGACAACAGACCUACGGAGGACCAUCAGUCACAUCAACGCCCUGGGACCAUCAACUGAGGUGCACCUAUGUUUGACGACGACGAAUGAACUGUAAAAUGAUAUUAAACUGAACUCUUUGUGACAGUGAAUAAUGUGAUAAUUCUAUAUAAUUUAUAAUGUUUGUUUCAAUGUUAUAUGUGUUUGUU